AUGGCGAGUGGCAGCGGCGCCGGGUCGUCGGCGACCGCGGCGGCGAAUCUGAAUGCGGUGAGGGAGACCAUGGAUGUUCUGCUUGAGAUUUCAAGAAUUUUGAAUACUGGCUUAGAUAUGGAAACACUGUCUAUUUGUGUACGGCUUUGUGAACAAGGAAUUAACCCAGAAGCUUUAUCAUCUGUUAUUAAGGAACUCCGCAAGGCUACUGAAGCACUAAAGGCUGCUGAAAAUAUGACAAGCUGA